GUGUACACACCCCUGCCAAAAAGGAAGGUGACGCAUACUUUCAGUUUCAGCCCACACAAGAAAGGUAGGAGAGAAAAGACAUGGCUGACAAGAUCCUGAAGGAGAAGAGAAAGUUUUUUAUCCGUUCAGUGGGUGAAGGUACAAUAAAUGGCUUACUGGAUGAAUUGCUAGAGAAAAGGGUGCUGAACGAGGAAGAGAUGGAGAAAGUAAAACGUGAAAACGCCACAGUCAUGGAUAAAGCCCGAGCUUUGUUUGACUCUGUUAUUCGGAAAGGGGCUCAGGCAUGCCACAUUUUCAUCAUAUACAUUUGUGAAGAGGAUCAUCACCUGGCAGGAACGCUGGGACUCUCAGAGGUCCAAGCACAUGGAAAUUAGCUGAGUACACAUGACUCCCAAGGACUAUUUUCUUCCUUCCCAGCUCCUCAGGCAGUGCAGGACAACCCAGCUAUGCCCACAUCCUCAAGCCCAGAAGGAAGCAACAAGCUCUGCUCUCUAGAAGCUCAAAGGAUAUGGAAAGAAAAGUCGCAGAGGUGCCAUGCUCAGAAUACAAUGGAAAAGGCGGGUGUAAGA